CAUUGUAAGUCCCCUAAAAGGCCUAAUGGUGGCUGCAUGAUAGCGAGCCGUCUGUGUAUGAGGAAACAAAAAAAAAAAAUUAAAAAAUGUUAAAAAACUCCUCGAAACAGACGGCUGCCAGCUGUCUAAUUGCAGCUGUGAGACGUCGCGCGCUGGAUCGGAUCAUGAUUGUUGCGAAACCAAAGUGGAGAUGGUACGUCACAGUCACGUGACCGAUCUCGCUACAUGUGCGCGAAAUUUAAUUCUUUUUGCCCCAAAUAACCGUUACAAGAAAUGCUCUUAAAAAUCUCCAAAGUCGAGUAAGGAGAUAAUACUUUUUGAAAUGGCUCCUGUAAUUUUUUACUACGGGCUAAAUAUUUUUUGGAGCUGGCCUGGACCACCCCUUUAAGGCGAUUAUUCAAGUUAUGCAACUUUGACUUCUGAAAGACUGGAGAGAACAUGUACACAGUAAGAAGUCAGAGUGAGGAGGGAACACAUGCUGUGGACAUGAAGGUGGGAGUUAUAUUACUUGCUUUGUCGGAAGAACUGGCGGGGCCUGCAAACAUCAGGAAGCUACAAUCAAACAUUUCAACGAGACAUCUACUAAUUUUCUUCCAUCAUCUUCAGAAGAAAGGGCUCUCAUAUUGAAGAUUGCUACUGGAAAUGAUGUGAACGUUCCAUUCAGAUGGCUAGAAUCACUCCAGUCUGUUGAACCAAUGGUAGGAUCAGGAGAAGGUCAAACAGAACCAUCUCUGCAAGAUGUGCCAGAUGCGAGUGGAUCUAUACCUUGGAGCACGUUGGCUGGAUCCUUUGAUGCAGACAGUGGUGAUGACUUCGAAAUGGAACCAAAGAAAGUCCAAGACCCACAGCUUGUGCGUAUCCAGAGUUUGGAAGUUCAAAGAGACUUUCACAAUGCUUUUGAUAGACGUCUUCAUGGUGGCAGUAGUUCAGGAAAUUAGCAUCUGAUCAUUUUGCAUGACUCCAAAUCAUUUGGAGGAAGUUCUUCAGGAAAUGUUUAAAGACAUGAAACGAAGACUUCAAGGAAAUCCUGAGGUGUUUGAGGGCCCUGUAAAGAAAAUGUUGAAAAGCUAUUCAAAGUUGAAAGGGAAUAACAGUUUAACCUCAGCCAUGAGUAUGUUUGGUCGGUAUAAUGGUAUCAACUUUGCAAAGCGUACAUGUACAUCAUCAAAGACCAAGGCUACUGAUCAGUCACCUCUCACCUCUGGGCCCAGCAUUGGUGUUCAACCGUUGUCAAUCGCCAGGAGAAAAGUGAAGCUUGGGGGUAGGAGAAGCUUAACAAGGGGCCGGCCAACCAAGCAAGCUGCGACUCAGGAACAUGGUUAUGCCAAAGGAUCCCACUCUCAAUCAGGGAUUCCAAAGAGGGCAAGAGUAGCUGCACCACAUUCACUGAGCCAUACCACUACAAUGUGCCAGUCUCUUGGAAAGACUCACAGUUCUAAGUGAAUCUUAACAGUGCAUAUAUGCCCAGGGGGAUCAAGAAUAGUUUGAUUCCUUAACUAUAAAAUCUGGGGUCUUCAUUCAAAAGUUUUUUCUCUAAAUACUGGUCAUAAAUCGCGACAACCAGGUAUGCAGCUCUGAUGUUUCGCGUGUUAGAAAAAAAAACGUGGUUUCAUGUAAAAAAUCAGUGCAACUUGUGUUUUAAGUCCAUAUUUAUAAAUCUUUUACCAUUUUUGUCUCACCUGCAUAGCAGCCACCGCUCUUCGGCGGUGACUAUCAAAUCUUAACCAUAGGUUAAGUUUUGAAAUGACUGCAUAACUUAAAAAGCAUAUAGACCUAGUUCAUGAAACUUGGCCAUAAGGUCAAUCAGGUAUUACUGAACAUCCUGCCUGAGUUUUGAGUCACAUGACCAAGGUCAGAGGUCAUUUAGGGCCAAUUAACUUAGACCAUGUUGGGGGAAUCAGCAUCAAAACCUUAACCUAAGGUUAAGUUUUUGAAAUGUCAUCAUAAUUUAGAAAAUAUAGGGACCUAGCUUGUGAAACUUGGACAUAAGGUUGAUCAAGUAUUACUGAACAUCCUGCUUGAGUUUUACGUCACAUGACCAAGGUCAGAGGUCAUUUAGGGUCAAUGAACUUUGGCCAAAUUGGAGGUAUCUGUUGAAUUACCAUCAUAACUUCGAAAGAUUAUCAAUCAGAUUCAUGAAACUUGGAAAUACAAGUUAUCAUGUAUCACUGAACAUCUCAUGCGAGUUUCAGGUAACAUGACCUAAGUCAAAGCUCAUUUAAGGUCAUUGAACUUUGGCCAUUUUGAAGGUACAUGUAAUUAUUAGAUUGCUGUCAUAACUUUCAAAGUUUAUAGAUAUAAAAUAUAAAGAUAUAAAAUGUGGAUAUAGGGGUAAUCAAGUAUCACUGACAAGUUUUAGAUCACAUGAUCAAGGUCAAAUGUCAAUGAACGUAGUAUUGUAUAAUAUGAAUGUUUUUUUUUUUGAAUAUUUAUUUUAAAGUAGUUUUCAAAGUCAGCACUGCUGCUAUAUUGAAUAGCGUGAUGCAGGUGAGACAGCCAGAGGCAUUCCACUUUUGUUUUUUUGUUUUUUUUUUGGGGGGGGGGG